CCAGACCGAGUGCUGGGGAGUCUUUCCGCCUGCACAGUGACCUCGGGCUGCGGGCUGCGUCGCCGGGCAUGGCGGCAUGGGGCCCGGCGUCCGCUGCGCCGCUGCUCCGCGGGAGCCAUGGGCUUCCUCUCCUGCACUGUGUACAUCGGAUGUUUGCCUCCCAGACUGAGGGGGAGCUCAAGGUGACCCAGGUUCUCAAGGAGAAGUUUCCUCGAGCUACAGCUAUCAAAGUCACGGACAUCUCAGGAGGCUGCGGGGCGAUGUACGAGAUUAAAAUUGAGUCUGAAGAGUUUAAAGAGAAGAGGACCGUCCAGCAGCACCAGAUGGUCAAUCAGGUCAGUGGCUGCCGAUCGUCCUUGUCCCUCUGGCCUUCAGCAUCUGAGUGCACAGCAGAGGGCAUGGUUGCUAUUGCUGUCGGUUCCAGGGCACAGCAGGGCAGCCAUUAAAAUGUGGUCAGGAGG